AUGGCAGAAAUAUCUGAUUCCAAGCCAGAACUCUUCUUCUGUUCCUACAACAAUUCGUCCUCAUCAACUAUUGUUCUAAUUCAUGGUCUAUUCUCCUGCAACCUAGGAUGGGGGCAUGUCAUCCCGUAUCUGACCGACUACCAUCUACUUGUCCCAGACCUUCCUCAACACUCCAAAUCGAAGCAUGUAGGACCUUGGUCGCUUGAGUUAGGUGCAGACGUCGUCGCAGAUCUUAUUAGUAACCAUGCCCAUGGGGGAAAGGCGCACGUCGUCGGGCUUUCGCUGGGUGGUUUCACCACGAUGGAAAUCAUCCGUCGACAUCCAGAACUCGUCAAAUCAGCAUUCAUUACUGGAGCCACUCCCUGCAUCCCCUGGCAAGUUUGGAUAGCUGAUCGGCCCAGCCUCUUACACUACGGGCUCAAGUUUGUUCUAAGUAGCGGUAUCUACGCGUUCAGCGUAUGGAAGGCAGGUCUCAAAGAACCUGCUGAGUUGAAGAGCGAGAUUGCUGCAAACAAUGAUUGGACUCUGGUGAAUAAGGCCUACAAAGGACUUGCUAAGUGGGGGCAAGACGCUGUGGAUGAAGUUGCUGCGAGGGACAAGCGGAUAUUAGCUAUCGCUGGAGAUCAAGGUGAUAACGUCGAGGGCACGAAAGAAAUGGCGCACAAGUUUCAACAGGGAGGUAGCGGGGACGGUAGGAAAAGCACUGCCUAUGUUGUCAAGGACGCCAUUCAUGGUUGGAACUUGCAGUUUCCAGAAUUGUUUGCUCAGGGAAUUCAAGCUUGGGUUUUGACUGGAGCAAAGGACUAG